AUGCGUGGAUCCUCCAUCUUAAGGCUUUCAAUUUCUGUGCUUGUUUCGGGUACGGCGUGUGCGGCGCUGCAGGAUGAGGGGACCUAUGUGAGACGCCAGUCUGAGACGAAUAUAGUGACUGGUGCUACUUCACGGGAUGAUAAUGGAAAUGUCUAUAUUCGCCGCGAGAUCAGGGACCUGAUGGAUAAUUACCCCGAUCAAUGGAGUCUGUACAUGUUGGCAUUGGAUAGCCUUCAUCGCGCUGAUCAGAGCGAUCCGUUUUCCUUCUAUGGUCUGGCAUCUAUACACGGAAGACCGUAUAAGACAUGGGGGGAUGCACCUGGGUUGCCUGAGAAGAUUGGCAAGGUGGGCUACUGUCCACACGACAACGAGCUAUUCUUGGGAUGGCAUAGGCCGUAUCUUGCUUUGUUCGAGCAAAUCGUUUCCAACCAUGUCUACGACAUUGCUGCGAACGCCCCGGCAGAUCAAUCUCAACGCUACCUCACUGCCGCCCGUGAGUUCCGCAUACCAUACUGGGACUGGGCUCAAGGCACCAAGCUCGGCCCGGUCCCCGAUGUCUUCUUAUCCCCUACAAUCACGAUUACAGAUACAAAGGGCUUGCCAGUAAUCAUGGACAACCCCUUGUUCUCAUACAAGUUCCACCCACUACCCACUGGUUUCCACGGAAAAUGGCGAAAAAUGAACUCUACCAUCCGCUGGCCAUCUUCAGACGACCCCUUCUCACCUUCACGCCCUUGGCUCUUCUCUGAAGCCUUCAAAAGCCAAUCCAACAAUCUCAUCGCCCAAGUCGGCGUCGCCUUCCGCUCAAGCACCUUCUCGCGCUUCUCGUCCGCCCUCGAAGACGCCCACGGCUGGGUCCACGGCGUCAUUGGUGGGGGAUAUCUACGCGACUCGCCGUACUGGGGGCAUAUGUGGCCAUUGGAAUAUUCAGCUUUUGAACCACUAUUUAUGUUGCAUCACGC